CUUUACUCUUUCUUGUUUUCUGCAUAUUUCUGCCCAAUUCUCAGUUCCAUAUUAUUUGUUGGUUUUGAUUUGAAGGGAAGUACCCAAAACAAAAAAUAUGGGCAGGGAAAGCAUAGAAGAAGGAAAAUUAUCAAAUCCUCUGCUUGUCAAAAAUAUUGAUUCUGAAUCUCAAGUCUAUGGCUAUGGUGGUAGAGGUGAAAACAGUGGUGCUGGUAAUGAACAACAAAGUGGAACUUUCUCAUCGUCGGCCACGACCAUGGUUGUGCUCAGCUCUCUGGUUGCUGUGUCUGGUUCCUAUGUUUUUGGGUCUGCGGUGGGAUAUUCCUCACCAGCUCGGUCUGGGGUCAUGGAUGAUUUGGGCCUCACUGUGGCUGAGUACUCGGUUUUUGGUUCAAUAUUGACAAUUGGAGCAAUGAUAGGAGCAGUAGUGAGUGGGAGAAUAGCAGAUUACAUAGGUAGAAGAGGUGCAAUGGCCUUUUCUGAGAUAUUCUGCAUAUUGGGAUGGCUAGCCAUAGCUUUCUCUAAGGUUGCUUGGUGGGCUGAGCUUGGAAGACUGUUGGUAGGAUGUGGAAUGGGACUUCUUUCUUAUGUGGUGCCUAUAUACAUAGCAGAAAUAACACCAAAGAAUCUGCGAGGAGGAUUUACAACAGUUCAUCAGUUUAUGAUUUGUUGUGGUGUGUCACUAACAUAUCUUAUCGGGGCUUUUUUGAACUGGCGAGCUUUGGCUCUCAUAGGAACUGUUCCUUGUGUUAUACAGAUCUUAGGUCUAUUCUUCAUCCCAGAGUCUCCUAGAUGGCUGGCAAAGAUUGGUCAAGAGAAAAAGUGUGAAGAUGCUCUCCAGAACCUUAGGGGGAAGAAUGCUGAUAUUUCUCAAGAAAAAUCUGAGAUUAGGGACUAUACAGAAACUCUGAAGCGGCUUUCAGAAGCAAGCAUUCUUGACUUAUUUCAAAGAAGAUAUGUGUAUUCCCUCAUAGUAGGAGUUGGCCUUAUGGUACUGCAACAAUUCGGAGGGGUUAAUGGCAUUGCCUUUUAUGCAAGUACUAUAUUCAUUUCAGCUGGAUUUUCAGAUAGCAUCGGGACUUUAGCUAUGGUUGCUGUUCAGAUUCCAAUGACCGGUUUGGGUGUAAUUUUGAUGGAUAAAUCUGGAAGACGUCCACUUCUUCUGGUAUCUUCAACAGGAACAUGCUUAGGUUGCCUCCUUGUGGGGUUGUCAUUCUUGUUGCAGAACCUUCAACAAUGGAAGCAGGUCACUCCCAUCUUGGCGCUUGUUGGCGUACUGGUAUUUACAGGAUCGUUCUCAUUGGGCAUGGGAGGAAUUCCUUGGGUUAUAAUGUCAGAGAUAUUUCCCAUAAACAUGAAGGGCUCAGCUGGUAGCCUAGUAACAUUGGUUAGCUGGUUAGGUUCUUGGAUUGUCUCAUAUGCUUUUAAUUUCCUAAUGGAUUGGAACUCAGCAGGAACUUUCUUCAUGUUUUCAUGCGUAUCUGGUGUAACCAUUCUAUUUGUUGCAAAGCUGGUACCAGAGACAAAGGGGCGAACACUAGAAGAAAUACAAACAUCGAUGAAUCGGUUUUCAGAAAAAAGAUAAAUGGUAUGCCUGCAUCAUGACAUUGGCAAUCCAUUUCAAGUGUCAUUUGCAGCAUGAUGAAGUAUGUUCUGAAUUGCAGCCAAAUUUUGCAAUUCAAAAUUUCCCUGUAGCUUUGGUCCAUCAGACAGUUACUUAUCACACAAUUUCUUUCUCUUUGUAUUUAGCCUGUUGUUGAUGAUCAGCACCUUAGACCAAUUGUGUAUUUUAGUUUCAGUUGCUCAACAGGAGUGCUGUUGGUACGGCACGAAGGAGAAGCAUCUCAAAAUGUUUGAUGAUGUAGUUCUAACUCCCGAAGAUUAGCAAUAAGACAUUAAAGUUUAUUGUUGGUUGAUUGUUUAGGUUUGUGACCGCUUUGCCUUUGUGGUUGUGUGGUCCUUAAAAGUUUCUGAGAACAGGAACAUAAAAGCUUUUCAUUACCGCAAGCUAAGGAGACAUGACUUGAACAAA